AACGCGUUGGAAUAAUUGACUUAGCCAUGCUCCAAAAGUCAACUUGGUUUCCAUCUUUAUUUUCUACUCUCACAUUCCUUCUCUUCUUCAAUCUUCACCCUCCCCUCUUCCAUUACACACACUCGAAGAAAUUAACGCAGACGAUGGGAAGGGUAAAUCAAAGUAGCGGCGCACCGGCACCGAUCAAGCACUUCAGCCACCCUCACGAACUCGAACUGAUCCCGACCGAUCCUCAAUAUCCGAUUCUUUGUUCAGGAUGCAAACUUAAAGCCUCAGGAAUUAUGUACGAAUGCAGUCCCUGUAAUUUCACUCUUCACUCAACAUGUGCUCAAUUACCGAAGCUGAUCACCCACCCGUCCCAUCCCGGCUGCAAUCUGACUCUCCUCCCUGUCUCCCCCUACGCCGGCGGCAGGUUCAACUGCGACGCCUGCAACCGCUAUGGCGAAGGGUUCAGCUACCACUGUGGAAAUUGUGAUUAUGAUCUCCACGUUCUGUGUGCGAAAAAACCGAUGAAAGUUACUCAUCGUGCACAUUCGUGCCCGCUUGAGCUAACUUUCAAGAUUCCUUACGAGGCUAAAGGAUUCUCCUGUGAUAUCUGUAGACAGAUUGGGUCUAAGCAGUGGCUUUACCGAUGCAGUUUUUGCGAAUUUGAUGUGCAUUUGGAUUGUACAACAGCUAUGCCUAAACCUAAACCUGUUGUGCAUCAUCACCAUUCAUUUCCCAGUGCAAGUAAUCAAAAUCAUCUAAUGGCUCCUGGGAUCCCUAUGAACCCUAAUUAUCCUCAUCCGAUUCACUCUGCAAGCACUGGAUCACAAUUUCAGGCUCCCCAUAAUAUGAUGCACGGUGCAAGUAUGGGUGGAAUCACAAAUCCUCAUAUGGGUCCUGUGAAUACAGGGUUUGUGCCAACAAAUAUGGCGCCGGCGCCGCCUAUGCAGAACAAUAUUCAGCAACCAAACAUGGUAAAUGGGCUCGGCGCCACCUUGAUGACGGCAGCGGUGCAGGGGCUGGUUGAAGGGGCUUUCCAGCAGGUUGGCCAGAAUGUCAUGGAAGGUAUUAUUGGUGGAGGCGAUAGCGGUGGAGAUGGUGGCGCAGGCGGUGGGGCUGAUGGUGGAUAUUCUGAGUAUUAACUUGAGAUUUUAUUUCGUCCAUUUCGUGAAUGUCCUUGAUUAUAAUUGUAAUGCGAACAAGUUUUUAGUGUUUUUCUGUUUGCUAUACAUUAUUGAUAACAUGUUUGAUCUUGAAUGAAA